AUGAGUUUCGCUCUUCUUGUGGUGGUAACUGCGAAUGAAACUCCACAACAAGUAGUGACAAGAUACAACAACUACAAGGCGAUAUGUGAUGGAAUGGGUUUCCAAAAUGUGCGCUGCAAAGAUCCUAAAAUAGAUCCGAUUGCUUUCCAAUCUUCACUUACCAAGCAGUUGGAAAACCUGAAGAACCAAGAGACUGUGAUCUUUGAUAAAGUUUCGUUAAACGAAGGAAAGGCUUACGACAAUGUCUCCGGAGUAUUUACAGCACCGUUGGACGGAAUAUAUUCAUUUACAUGGACAACGUUAACAAAAACUGGAAAAUAUUUCGUCACUGAAAUCGUGCUGAAUGGCAAAACAGUUGCAUUAAAUCAUACUGAUGGAAGGGGUCACGAUGGAAAUCCUAUGUCAACCUCACAUGCUAACAUCAAAAUGAAGAAAGGCGAUAAGGUCUGGAUCAGGACCCAUGGCACCUAUGGGCAGUUUGCCCAUCCAAAUUGGUGUUUCUUUUCUGGUUCAAAAUUGUAGCACAUCUCUAACGAUACCAAAAUAAAGCACUUGUAGCUUAA